AAUUACAAGUACUUUUCAUAGGUAAGCUUCGAAAGUAUUCAACUUAAAAGUUAAAAUAAUAAUAAUAAAAAUCUUUAAAGUUGACUUUUUUGUGAUGAAGUCAUGUAAUUUUUCACACAUUUACUGCUUUGAUCACAUCAAGUAGUUGGUUUAUCACACAUGAUGCACCUCCUAUGAGUAAAUAAAAGUUUCAUGACAACCUACAUACACUUAUUACAAUCAAUAUAAGUUGUUAUUAAACAUUAACAAGAUCAAUAACCAAAGUUUUUAUAAUUCCAUCAAUGGCCAUAACUAUAACCUCCGCCUUCGUUAUAUUUUUUUAUAUUCUUGCAUUUCAUUUUGAUAUAUCAUAUGCUCGAAUGUGUUCAGAAUACAAAUUCACAUCCAGAAGAAGCUACAGUUCUUGUAGGGAUCUACCCCAUCUAUCUGCAGAGCUUCAUUGGACAUACAAUUCAUCAACGGGUAUAGCCCGGAUCGCGUACCGGGCCCGCCAGGGCCCACGCGGGUGGGUCGCAUGGGCGGUUAACCCAAACCAAAUAGGCAUGGUUGGGUCGGAAGCAAUUGUGGCUUUUCAUAAUGGUAAUGGAAGUAUGAGAGUGUAUACGACAUUGAUAAAUAGUUAUAGUCCUUCAAUGGUGCCGGGAAAUCUUAGUUUUCAAGUUUCGGGUUUAUCUGCUGAGUCAUCGGUUAAUGAGAUUGCUAUUUUUGCUGAUGUGGGCCCGUUUGAAGGUGGGUCCGUUGUUAAUCAAGUGUGGCAAAGUGGGAAUUUGGUUUUGAAUGGUGUCCCUCAAAUGCAUGCGGUUUCACAACAAAAUCUUCAAUCAACGGGGGAGAUUGAUUUCUUGUAUGAUCAAGAAAAGCAUAGAUAAGAAGUUUGUAAAAAAAAUAUGUCAAUUUUCUGAGUUAAAUGUAACGCCAUAUUCAACUACCAAAUGUUGCUAAAUUGAAGUGAAAUUGAAAGAAUAUUCUAUAAUAACAAAGAUGGGAAGUACUUGUAGGCAUAUAAGAAUAUGUAAUCAUUUUACCCACUACUUGAUGGAGAUUGUCCUACUUUUGCUUUUUCUUGUUGGUAGCUCCACAAUCACUUGUUCAAUAAAUCAAGA